GAGUGCCCGGCUGCUGACGCCCCCGCGGCUCCGCCGGCGGUCUCCAACCCGUGCGGCCACGGCUGGGUGCUGCUCGCAGUGCUGGUGAGCUUCGUCCUCGGCUUCUCCGGCGGCGGCGCGGUGCGCCUCGUCCUCGGGCUUGCGACGCGGCGCCAGACGGUGACCACGGGGCCGGAUGGUGGGGACGUGCACGACGAGGACUACUCGGGCCGGUCUGCCGACAUCGCGGCGAUCCGGCUGUGCCCUGAUCGGAACCGGCCCCCCGGCAUCGCUGCGGCUGCGAGCUACCGGUUCCGACGGGCUCCCAUAGCAGCGGAGGUGGCCGCCUACCUUGCGGCGGGCGAGACCUACGCCGCCGCGGCGCUCGCGGCCGAGGCGGCGGCGGCGGGCCUGGCCUUCGCGGCCCGGGCGGCGGGAUGCCUCGUACCCCUCGCCGCGGCCAGCGCGCCUCCCGGGGCAGGUGCCGCGGCCGGCGUCGCGCCGGGGCCCCCGCCGGCCGCCGCGGCCGCGCUGGCCCCCCUCGCCGCCGGCGCGAUGGGGCCGGCUGCCGCCGGCGUUCCAGGCGGGGCGCCCGCCGGCCCCCCGGUGGCUGCCAGUGGCGCGCGGCGCAGUCGCUCUCUCGCGGUGGGCGCCGCCGCGGCCGCGGCUGCGGCUGCCCAGUGGGUGGCCGUCGAGAGCGCCGCCUUCGCCCGGCGCGGCGACGCGGUCGCCCUCCCGGCGAACGCGGUGGCGCACGGCGACCUCGCCAUCGCCCCGUCGCCUGGCGGUCCCAACGUCGUGCUCCGCAGCGCCCAGGCCAUGGACCCGACGGUGUACGCAGCGCUGGAGUCGGUGCGUGACCCUCGCGUCCUCGACGGGCCCCCGUUCGACGUGACCCGGCCUCGCCGGGGCUGGAGUGACAUCUGCAAGGAUCUCACGGAGACGGCGUACCCGACGUGGACGGCGCCUGGGCCUCGCACCGCGAAGUGGUGCGCGGAGUGGCUCGACCGUCGCUCGACGACGCCUGCGGCUCACCAUCGGCAGUUCCUCAGCGUGUUCGGGCUCCGACCGGGCGCCUGGGGGGUGGAGAUCUACGGGGCCGCCCUCCGCGUCCUGGAGGAGGCCGCCUGCUUCGACGGGGUGAACAUCUGCGACCUCGCCGGCAUCGAGUCCCUCAUGCGGAAGACCGAGCUCACGGAGUACGUCUACUGGAUGGAUUCGAUGGGCGCCACGGAGAAGGCUGAGGAGGACAAGGAGCCCAGCGCCUCCACGGUGACCUUCGUCGGCCUCAUGGACGAGGCCGCGAUCUUCUCGGGCCUCAACAAGGACACUGGCUCCGCCAUGGUCUGUCCGGCGUUGCUGGACCACGUGUCUCGGGAAGUGGAAAAGGAUGCUACAAUUCUGAAACAGGUGCGUAAAGCCAAG